UCAAAAGCGGCGCAGGCGGCUGCCGGCUCGUCCCGCAGCCCCGGCAGGCGCAGGGGCCGGCGGGCUCCGGGCGAGACUUGUUGGGGAAACUUCUUGCGCCCCGGGGAGCGCAGCCGGCCAGGGAGCGCGCAGCCUGGGGGCUCCCCCGCGGAGGCGCCCGGGCCCCGAUGGGGGCUUCUGAGCGCCGGGAGCCGAGGCUGCCAGCGAGCCCCGAGCGCGGGGCAGGCGGGGCGCUCCCCACCCCUCCUGGAUCUGCUCUUUAGAAGCCCCCCCCCCCGCCGCCCCCUCCGGCAGCCUCAUGGGGGGGGGCGCCCAAGCCAUGGACAGCCCCGAGGGUUACUCGGUCCAAGCCACCGCGGCCAUCGCCGCCAUCAUCACCUUCCUCAUCCUCUUCACCAUCUUCGGCAACGUGCUGGUGAUCAUCGCUGUGCUCACCAGCCGGUCCCUCCGAGCCCCCCAGAACCUCUUCCUGGUGUCCCUGGCGGCGGCCGACAUCCUGGUGGCCACCCUCAUCAUCCCCUUUUCCCUGGCCAACGAGCUGAUGGGCUACUGGCACUUCCGGAAGACCUGGUGCGAGAUCUACCUGGCCUUGGACGUUCUCUUCUGCACCUCCUCCAUCGUGCACCUCUGCGCCAUCAGCCUGGACCGGUACUGGUCUGUCAGCCAGGCCAUCGAAUACAACUCCAAGAGGACCCCCAGGAGGAUCAAGUGCAUCAUCCUCAUCGUGUGGAUGAUCGCAGCCUUCAUCUCCCUGCCCCCCCUCAUCUACAAGGGGAACAAGAAGGACAGCCAGGCCGGCAGGCCGCAGUGCAAACUCAACGAGGAGGCAUGGUACAUCCUCUCCUCCAGCAUUGGCUCCUUCUUCGCCCCCUGCGUCAUCAUGAUCCUGGUCUACCUGCGGAUUUACCUUAUAGCCAAGCACCGGACCCAGCAAGGCUCCAGGGGCAAGAAGCCCAAGGCCAAGGAGAAGGGGACAUCUAGGAAAAUCACCAGCCCGACCUCUGAGACCUCUCCCCAGCAGCUGGGCGCAAGGGAACCCAAUGGGCAUCAGGAGCCCAUUGAGGAUAGUGAUCAGCCAGUGACCCCUACGCUCCCUGCCCACAGGACAUCUCUCCUGAGCCUGGAGGAGCAGCCGCCGCCACCUGCCACUGGCCCUUGCCCGCCGCAACCGGAGAAGAAAGAGUCUUCUGGUUCCAGCCCGGUGGAGCACUCCCUGCACUGCAGCCUCAAGCAGCGCAACGGGCACCCCCAGAGCUCUGCCAAGGGCAUGGAGACCCUGGCCACUGCCAAGGGGGAGGUGGUGCUGGUGAGGAGGGUGAAGACCCUAAGUGCCAACCCUUGGAAGAGGAAGACCCACCUCAACCGGGAGAAGAGGUUCACCUUCGUCCUCGCCGUGGUAAUCGGGGUCUUUGUCCUCUGCUGGUUCCCUUUCUUCUUUCUCUAUAGCCUGGGGGCCAUCUGCCCAGAACUCUGCAAGGUCCCCAACAGCGUGUUCCAGUUCUUCUUCUGGAUUGGCUACUGCAACAGCUCCUUGAACCCUGUGAUCUACACCAUCUUCAACCAGGACUUCCGCAAGGCCUUCCGCAAGAUCCUCUGCAGGCAGGGGACUCAGACUGCCUGGUGAGAGAGCAGAGGGGAGGUGGGAGACUGUAGGUUGAGGUGUGGGGGCCAGGGGGUUGGAAUAGUGGCAACAUUCCACUGACGCUAUUUAAAACACGUCUAUUUAUUCAUCGGCUUUUGUGUUUGCAAAGAGUGGGGAUGGGCGGUGGAUACAAAAGUGCAUUUUAAAGACUGUUUUGGAUCAGCCUUUUUAUAUCUCUCUCUAUAUAUAUUUUCUGCAAAUGAGUUAAAACCCAGGACCAUUUGCUAAUGUAUUUUCUACCGAGCUGGGGAUCCUUUAAUGUGCAUGACAUUCAUAUGGGUGGGAUGAGAAAAGCUCUCUUCCCACCAACUCUGCAGAGGAAAGUGUGUGUGACCUGCCUUCCAGGUAACCACAAGAGAGUCUCCCGCCAGUCUCUCUUCCUUCUUUCCGUCUCUGUUGGUGUGGUGAGGCUCAAAAAGAAAUCUGCCCCAGGCCACACUUUCUCUCUGCUCAGGAAGGCAAGGGCCAAAUUUGAUGUUGGUCACAGCUGCACUGCGCCCCUUUAUGCCAGCUGAGUGGUGGGUCGCAAACAUACUUGUAUGGAGCUCAUGUGAUUAUGGAGGUUUAAUGCAGUGAAGGUUUCAGUCUGCCUGGGCCAGAUUCUGCUCUCGGCUUCACUGGGGUAAUUCUUGCUAAAACACAGGGCCAGGGUUCAUACUGGGACCCUCCCAUGGAACCUUUCUCUGAUGGAGCUGGGAUCUAAUUCAGACAUGUCUCUCCCAUUUAGCAGCAUGGGUUUGGUGGGUUGGUUGUGACCCCCAGAUUGAGAACCCAUGCCCUAGGAUUUCUGGGUGACAGUUCCCACUGUGUGGGCCCUAGUGUGGACAAGGCUCCCAUGACAGCCUGUGCUUUUAACACCAUGUCAGCAUGACCUCCCCUGAGCAUGGGGUUAAAAGGCCAGUGGUGGCCUUGUCUACACCAGGGCUCCCACUGGUGGAGCCGCUAGCGGGGUGGGGGAGACUUGGAGAGGGACAAGAUGGUAUGGACACAAGGGUUUUUUUUGGAUUGACACACUUGGGACUGAGAGGAGGGUUUGGGCAUGAGGAUUUUCCUUCCUUUGGUUCCUUUUUUCUUACGAAAAGAAGAAUUCUUUCUUUUUUUCUUCUUUUUUUUUUGCUUAGCCCAUACAAUGUAUGUCCCUCUUCUCUGAAUCUACCCGAGUCUGUGUCACUUUUCUGUGGAAUUCAGAACAAAGCAUGUGGUCAAAGUCGCUCACAGAUCCUGGAAACAAACAGAAUCUGCUCCAUUCUGCAGGAUGCCGAGUCUUCUAGGACUCUAUUUUGCUUGAUAGCUUCUGACAUUACCUCUGGGAUCUGUAGCUCCUUCAGCAGUUUGUCUCUCCGAUGUUUGUCCCCUCCUCCCCAAACGCAUACAGUAUCUGUUUGCAAGGAACAAAGCUCUCCAAAGCAAAUAGUAUCCGUUUGCAAGGAACAAAAGCAUUAAAUCAAAGCAUCUAUGGUAUGAAUGCAAGUGGGAAAGAGAAGGUGGUUAAUCCAGGAUGUGUUAGUAGCCGUGAUACAGUGUUUCUAAGCCUGAAUCGUUCUUUUAAAAAUGACACAAUAGCCUAAUUUUGCACAUCAGAACGGGAGCUGUGAGCGGGAGACAUCUGUCUGGUUCUCACUCCUUGGCCGUUGUGGGAUCUUUGUGUUAUUUCCCCCUUACACCUGUGUUUAAUAAGAUCAUACCACCCUCUCACAGCAAGGAUGGGAUCUCCUUUCCUGGAUCUCUAUGUCACCCAUACAAACUCUGGGUACAAAGUCAGCUGCCUGGAACUCUGCAAAAGUGGGAUCCAGAACCAGUAAGAGUUGACACUUUUUAAAUCCGCAGAACUCUAAGCACUUUACAAGCCUGAGUAAGUAACAAUGAUCCUCAUUUUUCAGGGGGCAAAGCUGAUUCCCAGGGGCGGAAGUAACUUGCCUAUGGUUCAGACAUCAAGUGGGUGUCAGAGGUGAGAAAAGAAUGCAAGUGUCCUGACUCCCAGUCCUGUGCCCUGGGAAAAGAACACAGGUGUCCUGACUCCCAGUCCUGUGCCCUGGGAAAAGAACCCAGGACUCCUGACUCCCAGUCUGGUGCUCUUUCAGUGUGGACCGUUCUGGCUCCAAUUGGUUAUUGAAAUUAAGAUUAGUCAGUGCUGAUUUUAAAGUAUCUUGUUACCACUUAUGGACUCCACAUCCAAAUGCAGCUUCCCGUCCUUUCCAAGCAGUCUGUGGAGAGAGGAAAAAUAACAGGGGUGGAUUUUUGCCCCUGAGCCCGUAAAGGGAAGAGAGUGGAGGAGAACAUAUAACAUCCGGUGGAAGCGAGGAGCAGGUUUGCUGUCUCCGAACCUGUCACCUGCAGGGGAGGUGGGAUGUCUCAUGCCACUUGGGCUUCCUGUGUUUUGCCUCUGGCUGCGUGUGGCAUUGCAACAUGGGGUGGGUCAUGAUGGGAGCGGGCUCUGUUUGGAGCUUCUGUUAAUCUCUGUGCCCCAUAACCAUAUCCCCUGUGAGCAGCAGGAGUUGUGUUUUUUCCCACUGUUGUGUGUGCGGAAUGAUGUUGAUGAAAAGUCUUGAGAUAUUUUAACAAUAAAAGAUAUUUUGUAAUAAG